ACUUCCGCCGCUCGAUACCAACAUUAGUUCUGCCGCUGUUUGCAGAGGUACUUGAUAGCAUAGCUGUUGUGCUGCCCAGGCAUUUCUGUCACGACGACGCGACUUUCUGCACUACUUACCAUUCACCAUCCCCUAACUAACUAAGAUGGCCAGAACCCGAACCGGACGGAGUGAACAGUCAAUGAUCUGAGGACGGAAGCUUCGAAACUGUUCAUUGGACUCGGAAGGAAGAGGAUCCAGGACCAGAAGGUCUCAGACUGUAACCAAGGACCUCCUCAAACCCGCGGACGAGUUUUUAGCGACGAUGUUUAAAUGGAUGGUCCAAAACCAUCUGUCUCUCCUGCUGAAUUACUUUCACAGAUGCCGAAUACACUUGGAAAGAACGGUCGAGUUCCUGCCCCUCCUGAUGAUCUCAUCAGGCCGAUUAUUGAGGAUUUCGUGGCGAAGGGGUACAGUAACACCGAAAUCGUUUCCCGCCUACGCAAAUACUAUGAUACUGAUGCAUACAAUGUUUCGAUUGACCUCCUGAAAAAGCGGCGCUCUCAGUGGGGGCUGAAGUCCGCUCGUGGGCAAGCCCAUACCAUAGCAAGUAUUGGUCCUGCAAUCGAGCGAGUGCGAGCACGCUUCCCAAAGCAGGGUUCGCAUGACAUGAGGCAAACCCUCAUACACGAAGAAAAGAUUACCGUGUCAAGAAAGUUGAUUCUUCGCUACAUGAAUCUCCACCAUCAGGCAGAUGUUCAAGCUCGCAAGAGUCGACGCCUGAAGAGGAGUGUUUACUGGACCGCAGGCGUCAAUGAUAUUUGGGUAUUUGAUCAACACGACAAGUGGCGCCGGUUUCAGCUCUUCCUGCAUGUUGCGAUCGAGCCAUUCUCAGGACGCAUACUUUGGAUCAAGAUCUGGUGGACCAACCGUAACCCCCGUCUUAUUUGUGGAUGGUACUGUGAUACUGUACAAGCCCUUGGUGCUAUGCCCCUUGUAACCCAGAGUGACCCUGGAAGUGAAAAUAAUGGCAUUGCCAAUGGUCACACCUUACUUCGUCAUAUGCAAGAUCCAGCUCUUGCCCGCACUUUACAACACAAAUUCAAGGGCCAACAUCGCAACAUCAAGCCCGAAAUAUUUUGGAGCCAGUUACGACGACGCUGGACUCCAGGAUUCGAAGAUAUUCUAGAAUAUGGCUUCACCACAGGAAUCUAUAAUCCUGAUGACGCCUUGGAAAGGCUCGUUUUUCAUUAUAUAUUUAUUCCAUGGCUCCAGCAUGAGCUCGAUCUCUUUGCAGAAAGGUUCAAUCAUGUCAAACCUCGCCAUAAUAUCCACAAGAUCCUUCCGCACGGUCGUCCAAACGACAUAUUCUACCAUGCCGAAGAAUAUGAUUCUUGUGACUUCUCAGUGAAAGUUGACCAUUCUUCACUUGAUGCUAUGCGACAGAUAUACGCUCCUCCGGACCACCCUGUCUUUCUCCUCCUAGUUCCGCAAGAGUUUUCUCAACAAGCCUCCAUAUUCAUGGCGGAGCUUGGAUCACCUCCGGUAACUGGGGACAAUGUCUGGAAUGUCUAUGCUGACCUUCUGAUGUGUUUCCAAUCAAUUGAAUGGGAUGAAGGGAUUCGCAAACUUCUUGCGGCGCAACUCCCACUUCCUUGUGAUGGGGACAACCUUAUUGGCUCCGAGGACUUACCUAUUGUAGAUUUUCCGCCGUUUGUUGAAGGUAGUGGUCCGGGCAGUGAUAUG